AUGAGCGACGAAGAACUGGAAAGGACGCCUAAGCGGGGGGAAUACGAACGCAGGGGUGCCAGGACCGCACGCUCGCCAAAGGAAAACAGCGACUCCCACCGGGCCUUGUCGAGCAGGGACCGCCCCCGUGACAGGGAGAGCGACAGGAGCCGGGACGAGGGGAGGGACCGCGAGCGAGACAGACAUCACCGAAGCGGAAAGGAGAGGGAGAAGGAUCGCCACGAGAGGGGCAGCGGGCGCCACCACAGGGACCACUCGUCGAGGGAGGGCGAUAGGCUUCGCGACAGGAGCCACUACCACGAAAACGGGAGCAGGUCCCACAGGGGUCCUCGCCGAGAUGAAGAUAAUGAAGAGGACAGGUCGGGAGAGGCCAUGUCCCGCAGCGCGCACGAGCUUACAGUGGUGAAGAGAGGGCGGGAUCAAGGUGAUCGAGUAGCAUGCCUGAACCGGACCACAUCAGACCCCCAGCUCGACAAGCGAGUGAACAAGCGCGGAGAGGAAGACGAGCUAACCGACGACAACGACUUCUCGUCUGAGGAGGAGGUGGAGGAGGAGGGCCAAAAGGUGACCCGCAUGCGGCGCUCGCAGUCGAUCAACCGCGAAGCGCUGAUCGAGCCCAAGCUGCUCGAGGGCUGGCUGGGCUGGCUGAGCGAGGGCAUGUUCUUCAACCGGUGGAAGCGUGGCUACUUCCAGCUCGAGUACCCGUUCCUCAACCUCUACUCGGAGACCCCGCCCUCCAGCAUCCGCGACAGGGUCCACUACAAGCCCAAGGGCAAGCUGUCCAUGCGCGGCGGCAGCCUGGUCGACGCCAAGAUGGUGGGCGACGCGAGGAACGCGGGCCAGGUGUCCAAGCGCUUCCGUAUCCGCAGCGGCGAGAAGGAGUGGAUCCUCGAGGCCGAGUCGCCCGCGCUCAAGGAAGCCUGGGUGAACGCCCUACGCACCCACAUCGAGUACGCCAACCCGGCCAAGCGCGCCAACGGUGUUGGCUACGACUGCAAGGCCAACGACACGGAGACGCCGAUGCGUCUGAACAUCACGCUCACGGACCUGAAGUUGACGAACAUGAGCACCGGACAGGUCGAGUGGUCGAGGAGCAUCCGGAAGCUCCACAAGAUCCUCGAGUCCACCACUGCGGCCCACGUGCUCCUACUGGACUUCCACGAGUGGGGCGGCACGACGAAGCUGACCUUCACCAACGUGCCGGCCAAGACCAUUCACGCCUGCCUCUCCAGCGUGCUCGCCACGCACGUCGAGUGGCGCGGCGCCUUCCCUGCGCAGGACUAG